GCGGCACCAACAACUACAUCAGCCGCACCAACAACCACAACAGCGGCAGCCGCACCAACAACCACGACAGCUGCACCAACAACAACGACUGCAGCUCCA